CGGAUCAAGAUGCUCUGGGUCCCAUUGCGUUGCUGCUGCACGCGCUGUUUAGUCUCCUGUGUGUUUUGAUUAUUAUUUGUGAUGAACACAAUGAAUACUCAGAUGAAAAAUGAUCAUCUGGCUCAUCAUACACGACAAAAUAUUUUCAAAAUUCCUUCUCGUUCUUGACAUCACAUAAUUAUUGAAAGACCUCCGACUCGACAUCACAUGCAGACCACCUGACUUAUUGGUGCGGAAUUUCAAAUGUGAGGAAAGGAUUAUCGACCUUGGAGGGGUAUUCUCGUGACCCUGAUCGUCACCACCACCGGGGCGAUAACCUCGCGUUGCCGUCGCGUUUUCGCAGCACCAACUUCGGAAGGGAAGCCAGCAGCGCCGGCGUGCUACGAAGGCACAGCCGGAGUUGGUCCAAGUUUUACGCAGAAAGCACGCGCGAUUACUUGCGGCUGCACCUGCAGCCGACGACGGAGUUUCUUUUUCACCGCUCGCAGUUACUACCAGAAUCGUGUGGACUUCAAGGCGGAGGACCUCUCGCACCAGAAGCUUAUCGAAGCUCGUGUGCUCGUGCAGGCAGAUUAACGGUAAGUAUCUAUACGUAUAGCUGGUUGGUUCCUGACGUUCACACUAGUAUUUUUACAAGUCACAGUCAGCCCUUGAUCGUUGGAUUUGGAUGUCUUGCAUAGCAGAGAUGGUUUUUUCGUGCUCAGCAUACUGUACAUCUGCAUAGCUGUUUGGAUCAACACAAAAUUUUAGGGUCGGCUCUGCGUGCCGGAUUCUUCAGGGUAGCAAUCGUCGCUUCAAGGAAGAAGAAAGUCGCUCUCGUGUGCGAAGGAACUUCAAAUUGGCAACGCUACUCCGGCAACAUCAACAUCUCCAAACCACUGGAAAGUCGCAUUCCGUCGGUUGAAUUCUUCUGUCGCAGUUCCGUUUACGACUGCCUCUUCGCAGCCUCGUCGCAAACGCAGGGAAGAUGCCCCGACGCGCAAUGGAUAGAAAGGAGAGCCCGGUAGUACCGCCACGACGCCGCGAGGAAAGUAGAGAGCGGCGUAGCACUUCUAGCUCACGUAGCUAUUCUUGUUCGUUGGGUUCGCAAGACGCGGACAUGCGGGAUGUGAUCGACGAGCAUGAAGAGCAGGCACAACCAGCCGGUCCACGUGAUGAGCAGGGGAGAACAGCAAAUGGAGGAUCGCAGUGGGACUCGUUUCAAAAUGAUUUUCAUCGCAUGCAAAGGCGACAGGAGAAGAACCAGAAGCAGCAAGUUAUGGACGAUCUGAGCACGUUGAUCGACGUAUCAAAAGGAAAAAUCCCCCGUCCCCAUAUCAAAAACGAAAUUUGUGUUUCUGUAUUUGAGUACACAAAUCGUUGUGUAUUGCUAGAAGGCCAAGUGGCGCAGUUGCUCCCUCGUUUGGAGCCAAUUUGUUAUGCUAUUUCCCCUUUCCAGUUGCUUCCUGUCAUGCUGAAGACGCAAGGCGUUCCUGCGCCAGCCAGCACUACAAUCCGCACCUGUUCCCUUCUAGCGUCACAAAGCUGAUUUGUGACCGCAACUCUGCAUCACAGAUUUCCGUUUUGAUAUGGGGAGGGGGCAUUUUUCAUUGUAAUACGACGCCAUUUGCGACGCGCUGUCGCCUCAACAGGGCAAGAGUACGCCCUUCUUCCGACCCGCGGUUGUGCAGGCGUGGUGCCUCAAAGAUCUGCGCGAGUCCGGGCCGACGAGAACGAAGUGUUGUUCCAGCAAUGCGAAGAGAUCCGCGGGCUCGCUAGAGGCGGAGAAACUUUUGCUCGCGGUAUCAGGGGCUCUGGAGAAGUUUCGGGACCACGAGACAGUGACCGAUGAUGUCGCGGAAGCCGCCGUAGCCGCAAUCUUCCGCGAAAUCUGGCCGUGGGAAGACGAGGAGCAAGUCGAGAGCAAGAAGAAGAAGCAGAAGCUUUCUUCUGCAAAGCGCUCCAGAAAGCUUCGGGACAAGCUGUACCAACAAUGCAGGUUCGAGUACGACAACCAGCGGAUUCAUCACUUACGAGCCGGGCGUCGUGGGUGGGCUACAGGUAACAAGGCCAGUAGCGGAAACAAGUGGAAGGCGAGCAAAUCGGGCCAACAUCUUCGCGGAGCCAAAUACGAAGUUCGCAAGGAUAACGACAAAAGGAAGGACCGACCGGACGCGAAAAACAAGCAACAGGGACAGCAGCUUCCGGCGCGACUGCGUCCCCCACAGGAGACAAACGGGUUUGAGAAAUAUGUAAGUAGCCAUAAACACGCUCUUUUCGGAAUCGCAUUCGGACUGUGUGAGAACUAUAUAUGCAAACUGCAAAUCUUCCGAUUUUCGCACUUUGGCUUUCUUCACUCUAGAGCAGGAAAAUAAACCUGAAACUGCUUCUCAAGAAAAUUUUUUCAUCUGCGUUUUCUGCCGAAGAAAUUACUGACACCAAACCUACCACAGCAAAAUCAACAGAGUAAGGACAUGGCCUUCUAUCUACGGUGGAAGGUGCAAGAAGAAUUGGAAAGGGCGCCGCCUUUCGAGGACGAUGGUCUCGACUGCAGUGCGUGGGUCCUGAUAGACCUGGUAUACGACCUCUUCAACGAGGUCGGCGAAGAACGAAAUCCUUCGAGGAUCCAGCACCUCUGUGACAACAGCGUGGACAUAACACGUAUAGUUUUAUGACUAUGAGUCAUGUGAAGUUUUUUUUCUCAUCUCUCUUACCGCACAAUGGGUGUUGAUGCAGUCCUCAAGGUACAACUUCAUGGGUAAGUCGACCUGCAAAUGCAUUCAGGAACGUGUAGAAUAUACAAAAGAUAUGUGACUUCACAAAGAUAUGAAGAUUUGAACAAUUGUAGUCCAAACUACUCAAAGAAGUGAUGCAUUAUUCAUUUUCAGAUGGCGCGGGGCAGCGGUUUGAAAUGUGUGAAAGGGAUGGCUUGAAUUUCGUACGCGUCGUCGACUAUGAAAAAGACGAGUCAACCGUCGCCCCGGAAAUUGAUGUGAUAUUGCUUUGUAGUGUCAAUCAUAUGCAACCCAAGCAUCGAUGAUAAAAGUAUCAAUAUCUGUGAGAGUGAAGGCAGCGGUGGUCGUGUGAGGCCCGCUUGUAGCACCAAGUAAUCAAUGAACUAGAUGAAAGUUGCUGGAAUUACAAUUGGUGAACCUGCGCCGGGGCGGCUUUUUCUCACAACACCGUCACGGCAGAAGAAACGAAGCAGAAGCUGUGGAAGCAAAAGCAUUUUCGAGAGCUCGAACGCAGGAAAUGGGAAAAAAACAACCCGGAUGACCAAGAGUGGAUGCGGACUCACGUGUUGCCGGGAGAGCCGGACAUGGUGAAGUGGCGGCAGUUCAAGGAGCACUACGAGCUGAAAAGGUGGAAGAGUCUCGCCGAAGAAGGUACGUGCACCAGCGCACUGCACCCUGGGGCACUGUCGCGAGACGAGCGCGAGCGACUGGCAGACCGGGCGGCCAGAGGUGAGAAGCUGAGUAAGCCAGAAAGAGACCGUCUACUUGCGCCUGGUGUCGUGCAGCCGCGGCCGUUUGCGCAUCCGUUAUUUGACAGCAACAAAUCCGAGCAGGAGGAUGUUUUACAUGACCGGGAAAAUAACGAGAAGAUGGCGCAUGAACAAUCCGAGCGACGCCAGCGAGGAAAGCAGACCGGAGAAGUGGGUUCUUCCAUGUCAGCGCACGCACGACCGACCGCGCAACCAUCCUCGUCUUCUCGUUCACCGCCAGCUCACGCGCACGAAGCGUUGUCAUCCUCAAGUUCUUUCUGCACGAAGGAUAGCACUUUCCGGCGUAGCGACAACCGGAGCUCAGAAGGCAGCACGUUCUCGCCUGCUGCUUCCUCCGCCGGUAACACGAGUCGAGGGAGCGGGAACUCCAAUUAUAGCAGUAGAAGCAUUGUGCCGCGUGUACUACCAGAAAAUUACGACCCGAGAUAUGAUGUCAACGCUCUGGAUUGAAGCUGAUUGUUCUGGGUCUACUGUCGAAGUUCAACUUCUCGUUCUCGACUGGUGUUUCAGUUUCCACUUCCUCCUGAUGAAGACAGCACAAGCGACUUUUCCUUGCCGCAUAAGAAAAGAAGUUAUUGAAAGACCGAAAACAUGAAGUUGAUGUUGAAGAUCAUGAACCACGUCGGUAUGGACGCGUGACCUACGUCUUCGUGACAACAGCUAAAGCGGUUGCCGUAGCAGCGGGAAACGCGAAACAGACUAGGUGUACGUAAAAAGGGCCGGACGAAACAAGUAAAAUGCUACUGUUGCACUACAACGCUGCGCAGAAGCUCGUGUGUGAAGAGAAUGAGCAUCGAUUUAUGCACUACCAGCUGUUGUUGAAAAUGACAGUGUAUUCUUUCACUGUGGCAAGCAACCCUUCAAGAAAACCCAUUCAAAACUAAAUUAUCGUUACGCAAACCGCUCGUAUAGAAGGAUGUGUCUAGUAACAAGAAGUAAGUACCCAUUCGAAGAAGAAAGAAAAGUCGACGAAC